AUGGCUUUAUCUCGUAGCAACUGGGGUGGCAACUGGGGUGAUAACUGGGGUUGGCCCAACCGUGAUUUCGGUUUGACACGCUAUUCUCCUUGGAAUGAUUUUGGCUUAAACACUUGGGGAGGUUUGGGAGAUGUCGGCGGUGGUGCUUUAACUACUGGCUUUAGGCCUUCUGUGGAUGUACGCGAUACCGGAAACGAAAUCGUCGUUCACACCGAACUUCCUGGUGUCCCUAAAGAAAAUGUUAACAUUGAAAUUCGCGACAACAACCUAUGGAUUAGCGGAAACACUUCUGAAGAAAAUGAACGUCGAGAAUGGAAUGGAUGGAUUCGCGAACGCCGAUCUGGCCGAUUCACGCGAUCAAUCCCAUUGCCGACCAGCAUUGAUACUGAGAAAGUGCAAGCUAAAUUCGAUCAAGGAGUUCUUGAAAUCAUCGUACCACGCACCGAAACCGAAAAGAAAACCAUUACAAUUCAAUAA